AUGGCGGACGCGAACGCAGAGUCCAUUCAGCAGAAGAUCCAGAUCGCGCGGCGGGAUGCAGAGGCGCUCAAGGACCGGAUAAAGCGCAAGAAGGAUGAGCUCGCCGACACCACAUUGCGUGAUGUCGCGCGACAACGCACCGAGCAGCUGCCCCGGCUGGCGAUGAAGACCAAACGAACACUCAAGGGCCAUCUGGCCAAGAUCUACGCCAUGCACUGGUCGACCGACCGCAGACAUCUGGUGUCGGCUUCACAGGACGGCAAGCUUAUCAUCUGGGACGCCUACACCACCAACAAAGUGCACGCCAUCCCUCUCCGAUCGUCAUGGGUCAUGACCUGCGCGUACUCGCCGAGCGGAAACUACGUCGCGUGCGGAGGGCUGGACAAUAUCUGCUCCAUCUACAACCUCUCGGCGCGGGAAGGACCAACUCGAGUAGCACGAGAGCUGAGCGGCCACUCCGGCUAUCUCAGUUGCUGCAGAUUCAUCAACGACAGGCGCAUCCUGACCUCGUCAGGAGACAUGACCUGCGUGCUAUGGGAUAUCGAGACCGGUCAGAAAAUCACCGAGUUUGCCGACCACCUCGGUGAUGUGAUGAGCUUGAGCAUAAACCCGCUGGACAACAACCAAUUCGUGUCUGGAGCUUGCGAUGCAUUCGCGAAGCUGUGGGAUAUCCGCCAGCAGAAAUGCAGCCAGACAUUCGCCGCACACGACUCUGACAUCAAUGCCAUUCAGUUUUUCCCGAACGGUAACGCCUUCGGGACUGGUUCUGAUGACGCUUCAUGCAGACUCUUCGAUAUCCGUGCUGAUCGUGAGCUUCAAAGCUAUACUAUCGGCGAGCCAGUUUGCGGCAUCACCUCCGUCGCCUUCUCAGUCUCCGGCAGACUUCUAUUUGCCGGCUACGAUGACUUUGAGUGCAAGGUGUGGGACGUGCUUCGCGGGGAGCGAGUGGGAACAUUACAAGGCCACGACAACCGCGUGAGCUGCCUGGGCGUGAGCAACGAUGCGAUGUCGUUAUGCACGGGAUCGUGGGACUCGAUGCUCCGCAUCUGGGCAUAA